AUGCGCAUCAGAUCAUGGCGGAGGAUGUCAGGGAUUUCAGGGCGACGGACAUCAUCAGGGUUCAUCAAGCGACAUAAGGGUCUGUAUGAAGAUCACGUACCUACUAGCGGGGUUCAUAAGGAGCAACAUACUACUAGCGGGGUUCAUAAGGAGCAACAUACUAAUAGCGAGGUUCAUAAGGAGCCACAUACUACUAGCGGGGUUCAUAAGGAGCAACAUACUACUAGCGAGGUUCAUAAGGAGCAACAUACAAUUAGCGGGGUUCAUAAGGAGCCACAUACUACUAGCGGGGUUCAUAAGGAGCAACAUACUACUAGCGGGGUUCAUAAGGAGCAACAUACUAUUAGCGGGGUUCAUAAGGAGCAACAUACUACUAGCGGGGUUCAUAAGGAGCAACAUACUACUAGCGAGGUUCAUAAGGAGCAACAUACUACUAGCGAGGUUCAUAAGGAGCAACAUACUACUAGCGGGGUUCAUAAGGAGCAACAUACUACUAGCGGGGUUCAUAAGGAGCAACAUACUACUAGCGGGGUUCAUAAGGAGCAACAUACUACUAGCGAGGUUCAUAAGGAGCAACAUACUACUAGCGAGGUUCAUAAGGAACAACAUACUACUAGCAAGGUUCAUAAGGAGCAACAUACUACUAGCAAGGAGCGUAAAUACCAACAUACUUACCAGAGAGGCUCGUAA